AUGGUAGACAUCGAAGAUCUUCUCUGUGAUAUUCUACCAGAUUCCAAUAGAGCAAUCUUCGCGGUCAUCAAUCAGGCUCAGCCUAGCACUAACAAGCCACAAUCAACUCAGCUGUCCGCUUUGGGCAAGAAACUUCAGCUCCGUAUUAUGACACCAGAUCUGGCUCACGAGAACUCGGACAUGGACUCCAUUCAUCCCAUCUCGCAGCCACUGAAUCUGUCGACGACAUUGUCACAGCUCCGCGUUGCCGUCUGCCAGCAUCUCGAUGUCCCUAUCGGCUAUGAAGCGCUCUCAGAACUCGACUGCAACUGCAAGCUUCUCUGCGCCAUCGGUGGCCUGGAAGACCGCAAUGAGCAAGACGGCGGCAGUGCGCGGUAUCUGAAACUUCCCGUGCUAGCAGUCUGCUCGCGUCAAUCACACAGUCGUCAGAUUCGCGCCAACGGCUCUUACUGUGACGCUGCCUUCGACAACCGAGGCCUCACCGUGGACCUUCACACGUCUGAAUGCCCCAUUGAGAUCACGGCCCACAAUAAGGAUGUCACCCUCGUAACCGUAGUUCUUCAUGACAGUGUUAUCGAUGGCGUGCUCUCAAUCUUCGCUGGGCCGCGCGUGUACUCUGCGGCCGUUGAUCAAGGCCCUGCUACGUUGAGCGUUAGGAGGGCAGCUAUCUUCCAAAAGCAACCAGCGUGGGAGCAUCCCCUGGGUCAGACUGACCGCGGCUUCGCUAGUUUGCUGUCCACUUUGCGCACAUUUACAGACAUCACCUCCGGUAGAGAUAUGGACGAAGAUCAGCAAGAAGCUGUCCUACGCAUCCUCCAUCUUAUGACGCGGUUCCCACCAGCUGUUCGAACAGCAUACGUGCUUAUGCGCGAGGAGACUCCACCACCAUCUGAGAGUGCCGCGUUAUCUCAAUGUCUCUAUGAGAUUAUGAAGGAGGUUAUUCCUCUUACAAUCAUUAGAAACGAUCCUCUGCGCUUCUUCGAGGGUUCCUGUCUUCUCGAGGAUGCUGAUGCCUCUGUGAAUCGGACCAAGCAGUUGGCUGCCUCGAAACAUGCCAGCACGACCACAGAACACCAUGGCGGUGAGCGUUUGGCACUGGAUGAGCUGAAAGAAUACCUCCUGGGUCACGCCUCGUUCGACGACAUGCUGGCAAUUGUACGCUCAGGUACCGGAGACAACGAUCGCAAGCAAAAUGCAGGCAAAGUACUCGAUAUUCUUAGCCGACUCGAUCAGCGACGUAUCACUGCCAAAACAUAG